AUGCUGAACCCGUACGACUAUGCGUACAACCCGUACAGCUACGAAGACUACUCUUAUUACGACUACGGAGGAAGCGGAGACGCCGCAUAUGGAGUUCCACCUGCUGCACCGAGCGGGAAUACCGGCAGUGUUAACAUAGAUGACUUGAUGGCCAAUAUUAGCCUGUGGUACCCGGGAGGCUUUGAUUUCGCCAACUUUACUAAGGAGAAGGGGUGGCAAUUGACAGACACCAAUAUACACUGUGAAUUCAAAGGAGUAAAAUGCAACAUAUCUAAGUCCUUCACCCCCGUGUUGACGGAAUACGGAUUAUGUUACACCUUCAACGCCGUACCCAACUCAAAGCCACGCGUGUUUCAAGAUCAGCCCGGCAUUGGGAACGGGUUGAAAUUAAUCGUCAAUAUCGAACAGAGUGAGUACACCAACAAAAUGGAGAGGGGCGACCCUAUAGAGGUGGGCCUGUUGUUCCAGGUGCACAACCAGUCUGAGCCCCCAAUGAUGGAGACCAAGAGUCUGGCCGUCCCUCCUGGCUUCCACGCCUACGCCGGGGUGAAACGGACAGAUUCCGCAGAGAUGGAGCCGCCGUAUGGGAUAUGUGACAGAGCCUCGCCUCUGAAAUACUACUCGGUGUAUACGAUGUCCGCGUGUGUCCAGGAGUGUAAACUGGACCACAUGAUGGGCAACUGUACAUGCAAAUUACUCAACUAUCCAGGCCCAGGUGAAGUGUGUUCCCCUAAGCAGAUAGUAGAGUGUGUGAAACCAAUUUUACUGGAAAUUAAGAAGAAUUUUACGCACAUGUGCCCCUGCAAAAUCCCGUGUCAGAGCGUGAAUUACGAGACCUAUCUCUCCUACGCCAAGCUUCCCAGCGAUGAAACUGCACCUGAGGUGGCAAUGGAAUACGGCGUAGCACAGUCCGAUAUCGAGAAAAACAUUCUCGUGCUGGAUAUUUUCUUCCAAGACUUAAAUUACGUAAUUAGCGAACAAUUGCCGGCCAUCGAGUCAUCGGGUUUGAUAAGUGACCUGGGAGGUCAGUUUGGGCUUUUCAUGGGCUUCAGCCUGCUAACUUUAGUUGAAUUCAUCGAGUUCGGCUUCACAAGACUGAUACUGUUUAUUUGCCGUCCUAAGAAAAAGAAGCGCACCAUAACUCCCGUCCUGCCGAAAGAACAAAGUAAUUCUAAAUCCGCAUACCAUUACUGA